AUAAAAAGUAUAAAGCAUACAACACAUCAACCAAAAACUAACAAAGCCUCUUAACAAUUUCUCCACCACCGCCGGAGAAAAAAAACCACCACCAUACCAUGACCUACAAAGACUGUGGCUCCCAUAGUCACUCUCGCCGGAAACUAAUCCGUCGAAUAAUAUGGUCAAUAAUCAUCUUCCUCUUCAUAAUCUUCCUCACAAUCCUCCUCAUUUGGGCAAUUCUCCAACCUUCAAAGCCAGUUUUCGUCCUCCAAGACGCCACCGUCUACGCCUUCAACGUCUCCGGCAAUCCACCGAACCUCCUCAGCUCCAACUUCCAAAUCACUCUCUCUUCCCGGAACCCUAACUACAAUAUCGGCGUUUACUACGACCGUCUUGAGGUCUACGCUAUUUACCAGAACCAGCAGAUCACUUACCGAACAUCGAUCCCUCCGACGUACCAAGGACACAAAGAAGUCAACAUCUGGUCGCCGUUUGUCUACGGAACCUCCGUCCCCAUCGCUCCUUUUAACGGCGUUAGUCUUGACGGCGAUCAAGAAAGCGGCGUCAUUAGGUUGGAUAUUCGUGCUGACGGCAGAGUGAGGUGGAAGGUUGGGGCGUUUAUCACAGGGAAGUAUCAUCUUUAUGUGAGGUGUCAGGCGUUAAUUAACUUCGGUAAUAAAGCUGCCGGAGUUAUUGUCGGAAAUAACGCCGUUAAGUAUACGUAUGCUCAGUAUUGUAGUGUUAGUGUCUAAAACUGCAACGGAGCGAAAGCAAGUAAGCUAAGGUCUCCGUUAGAAUAUUAUAUAUGAUGUGAAUUGUACAUUUUGCUUAUACGAUAGCAAAUUAUUAAAGAUCCGUGAUGUUGUUGUAACGAGUUAUGAGAAUUUAAAUAUGAAUACUUUGUUAUAGUUAAA